UAAGCGGUUUUAUUAAAUAUGUAUUUUUUUCUUAACUAAGGCAUUCUUUAAUGUAAUUAGGCCCCGUUAAUAACGUAUACAAAAUGUUGAGGUAAAAAACGAGAAAUGCAUGUAUAGAUACUUUUUUUUCUUUAAAGCUGGUGAACUGCUUUCCCGUUUUGCCUGCUAAAAUAAAAAUGGCGUUUGUUGUUUUCAAUGGGAACGAUAUAUAUUUUUGUUUGUUGAUGCAUGGUAUACACCAACAAUUUUGUGUCACAUAUGUCAAAAUCAGCGUGGCAUUUUUUUCUGUACCAAAUAUUCCACUUUAGAUGCUUGUAGUUCUAUUUACUAGUAAGUAAACGCUGGUAGUACUUAGCACAAACACCAAACAUGUCUCAGAGAACUGAUUAUUUAUCGUGGGAAGAUUACUUUAUGGCAACAGCACUGCUCACAUCACAACGAAGUAAAGAUCCGGUCACGCAAGUAGGUGCUUGUAUUGUUGAUAAAGAUAACCUCAUACUAGCAGUAGGAUACAAUGGGUUUCCAAGAAAUUGUAAUGACGAGGAAUUUCCUUGGUGUAAGGACAAAGAAAAUCCUUUUAAUGACAAAAAGAUGUAUGUAGUACAUGCUGAAGCGAAUGCAAUACUGAAUAAAAACAGUGCAAACUUGACUGGAGCUUUACUAUAUACAACGCUAUUUCCUUGUAACGAAUGUACAAAAAUCAUUAUUCAAUCUGGAAUUAAAGAAGUAAUUUAUGUUUCCGACAAACAUCAUGAAAAACCUACUUAUCAUGCUUCUAAAAGGAUGCUCGAUGCAGUGGGUAUAAAACAUAGGCGUUAUACACCGACGAAAAAGAAAAUUGUUCUAGAUUUCGACUUGUUUGCUGGUGAAGAAGAAACAAUUGACUUAAGCAAACUUAAGAUAACCUUGGACAAAUAAAAAAACUGGAAAAAUAAAUUUAUAAAAAUAAACUAUGAGACAUGAGACUAGAACGUCUCGCACUUAUUGCUAUGAGAAAUUUUUUAAUUGUUUUACAGAAAACAGGCUGCUAGGCUGAAAGGGUCUGAGAUUUAAAUAUAUGUACCAUGUAGUCCCUUGAUUGGGCCAUGGGUGCGAAAUUUAUUGUUU